AUGAAAUCUUUACGUAAGGGAUCUAAGCCGAAGUCCAGGAGCAGCACUCUACAUUCUAUGCACUCCAUGUUUCAGCCAGCGAAAUCUGCGGAUGUAAAUGAAGACGCUGCAAAAUCCACAAAACGAGCGGCUUCAGGAGCAGCGAAUAGCACUGACAUGGUGAAUAAUUGCCAGGAUACAACAAACAGCCUGGAAGGCAGGAAAAAUGGGGAUAGCCACGAGAUCCAGUCAGACCAUCUAGACCAGACCCAUCCAGACCUGGGAGAAGGAGGAUCAGGUAAAAUGUUACCUAUUGAUACAGCUAAUAUUUCUAUACCUAUUAUGCGGACAUCAGGAUUAGACGGCAUACAAUGUAUAUUGGCACAAAUGAAAGAGGGUAGAAUUUUUUUAGCCGGAGAGAUUGAGAGAAAUGCUAAGGAAAUAAGAUUAGAGAUCCAGGCAAUUGGUAAUCGGACUGCCGCCCUAGAAGUGAGGGUAGAGGCUGUGGCAAAAGCACAUAAUGAUUUAUUAAUCCAGAGCUCGGAAUGA